AAUAAUAAUGAAGAAUCAAAACAGAGAAAAGUGGAUGGUCAGGAUUACAAACCCUAUUUCUAUGUUAAAACUCCUCUUUCACGUGUUGUUACUCCUCCUUAUCCACCACGAACACCUGAGCACCAAACAUUUUCUUUAAGUUCCUUCGCUUCCCCAACCAUUAGUGAAAAUGAAGAAACUGACAGUGAUGAUGACACAGAUAAGCGAAACCCUAAUAAUUACACAUUUGAUGAAUAUGUAGAUGUGUUGACACGAAUUAUAAUGACGAUGAUCAGGGGAGAGUUACAAGCUGAUAAUUUCUCGGAUCUACAGAUUGAGCAAUUUUCUAAAGGUACUCUGGUAGAUUUUCAUAAACACAUUCGCAAUACAUGUAUAGUUAAAACGAAAGUUUCGCAAGAUGUAAAGACAACAUUCCGAGAAUGUAUUGAGUAUCAGACUGCACUUGACGAGGAUCUUGGGCUGAAAGAAGCAGAAAGAAUUGUAGAACAAUCAUUUACAAAGACUUUUAAUGAUCCCAUUGACCAGAAAAAAACAAAAAAUAUCCCCGUUAAACCAUUGAAAGACCUUCUAAGUGAGGGCACUCUAACUGUCAAUAUCAUUAGCCCCAUAUUACGUUCCUUCUUUCAUGAUUCCUCAAAACACCUGACCAAAUGGCCUAACACUGCCAGUAUGAGCUCCAAAGUUCGUAAACUUGCUAAUUCAGAUCCCUCAAGAGCAAAACAACUGGACAUGAUUUGCAAUGUUGUGAAUAACAAUAAAUCUAAGUACGAAGUGAUGUUUG